CGGAUGUGUUUACCGUUAGUCACUUGUCCUUCUUUGGUCCUUAUAGCCCAAGUUGAUCCUUCCUGUUAAUAGGUAACCAGUUUACUGUCCUAUACACACCAUAGAUUAUCUUGCAAAAAGGACAGAACUGUCCUGUAAACUGCUGUUUUUGUUAUUUGCUAAGAGGCAUAACAUAACCUUCAGCAUAUUGUCCAUACAACGGGUAAUAAAAAACGUUCUAUUUAUUUGCCUAAUUUAUGCGCUGCCUAUGGAAUCCGAAGUGGGACGGCGAUCAUUCGCGAGGGUUAUAAAACUGCGCUCCUUGUCGGGAAUUGGACGCCUAUUCACAAACUGGCAUUUUCUUGGGUACGAGGCGCCGAGCUUUUGGGCAGGUCGGUAGGCAUUCCAGCUACAGAAAUUUGCCAGUUUUGCUCAUAUUGUCGCUUCUGGUCCCAUUGUCCGCCUCAUUGAUUUUCAUAUGGACCACGAAUUCGGCUAGAUUCAUUACUCCGAUUGUCUCGAUGGAAGUGGGGACCCAAAGCCUUCUUUUAAGACCAGGGCUAUAGAAAAUCCGAUUUCGUGCUCACGCCCGGCGCCGGAUGUUUUAGCUACGCUAUCACAAGCUCCUCUGUGAAUAAUGCUUGAUUUUCAGAUACUCUAUGUGAUGGAGUUUAAGCGAAGUCUUGGUAGCUCGCACCAGUAGACAGCUGAUAGGGAUACACCUCUGAAGUUCAACAUGUCGUGGUCGGAGUUUCUUCCUAUGUAAAAAUCUAUUUUUGCCUAUAAUAGAUGGCACCUUCGAAUCAAGCUUCAAGGCUUCCAUGCAUCGGUGUUUGUCGUACCCGCUGGGUUGAGACGCCCAUAGGAAUUCUAAAGGUUAUUGGGUGCAGUCGGGGACUUCAUUCUAUUAGCCAGGAUGAAAUUACCGACUCUAGGAAUCCUGACUCCAGCAUUCUAGUGGCAAUCGUUGGAGGUGAGCUAAGCGACAAGUUGGAUCUACCAAAAGCUAUACGAGACUGUGUUGACUGGCUGCAGACUUAUUUUGAACAUCCAAAAAAAAUAAGCCAGGCACUUUUGCCUGAGCUUUGUCCGAACAGCUGUUCAACAUAUGGCCCGUUCACAAAAAAGGUAUGGAUGACACUGCAAAGUAAAGUUACCUUUGGCAGAACCAUUAGUUAUGCUGAACUCGGUGAUCUUUCCGGAAAUUCUCGAGCAGCAAGAGCGGUUGGAAACGCAAUGGGCCGUAACCCCUUCCCGCUUGUAGUCCCCUGCCAUCGAGUAGUCAAAAGUGGAGGACAAACCGGCGCAUACUGCAGGGGUAAACGGGACCACGUCAAAAAGUGGCUUCUAGCCUAUGAGAAAAAAGCCUCUGGUCCAGCUUAAAACACCGAAGUAAUCUAUUAUUGAUCUGUCAGCCACUUAUGUUAUAUUUUAAUUAUAUGUUUUUGGAAAAUGUAAGCAUGUAGCAAUAUUUUAUUAUUACAAUCACAAAAUACACUAUAUCUAUUUGUACCGUGGUUAUUAUGUAAUUAAUUAUUAUGUAAUAUUAUUAUGUAAUAAUAGUAUGUAUUAUCAGGAUGAGACGGUUCUGAUUUUAAUAGAAAAAUGAAGGGUACGAAAGAAUCAGCGUGCGACUUCACCAUUACGAUUUAUAUUGUCAUCAUCAUUACCACCGUAAUCGUAACCAGCUUGAUGAGGCUCCUAUCAAUAGUCAGUGCCUUUUUUCAACUUUGCUGUGAAGACCGCUCCUUCCCAUUUCCCAACAAUUAAGUCCUUCAACCCAGCCCAAACACUUGUUACCCCAUUUGAUGUCGAUCGUCUGAUUACUUACCUACCUGUUCGUCGCUAUUAAUUUGCGCAUUUGUGAAGUCGACGAUGGCCGAUACGAAGUCAGCAUUGAGCUGAUACGGAGAAACGACCGCAGUCGCACACAAACAGGCAAAAAGGAAAAGACAAAGCGUUGUUCCGCGCGGCGAACUAGCUCGUGAAGCGAGCAAAAACAAAUGGUUCAGACUUGCGGACAGUCGAACAGCUAAGCGUCAAGAAUGUCCAAUUGUUGCAGUUCUUGUUCGGUAUUGAGCGUACCGUCUCACUUUUGCACACUGUCUACUGCUUUGUACGUUGAUUGACGCGUUGACUUGGCCGUGCAGCACUCGAACUCGCUUCCACAGCCCGAGACCCGCAUAGCGCAACAGGUCUUGGCUGUUUCAUAUAGUUCUGCGGUAUAGCAGAAGCUAUGAACUAGCAAACGCACUAAUGCGAAUCACGAAUGGUGACUCUAAGAAAAUGUGUUAAGCUGACAAUCUAUCGACGUACUGUUGCGCCUCUUUGCGCCUUUGGUGACGGUAAUGACAAAGCGUAUGUUGUUUAUAAUCAAAAUGAUGAUGUCGUCAUAGCACCGUGUCGCAACAGCCAAGAAGGGAACAUACAUGGGCUGGGUUAAUUAUUACCUAUGAAUGAAUGCGGCAGUUUUUCGCUUAUGACGAAUUAGUACGUUGGGCGAGUAAAGUGAGAACAGGAAGUCAACAAGGAGGAUGGUCGUGGCCGAUAUAUGUACGUAAGUGAAGUUUUUAACGGUAGAAUCAUGUUCGCAUAUACGCUCGCUAAUUUGUUUACUAUCGAGGGACAUUGCGGUCCUUUACACCCGACUAAACUUCAACGCAAGUUUGCAUACACGUAGUGAACGCUUCUAAGGAGCUCUUAAUGUAUCAAAUUGUCUUCUUGGAAAAAAGUCAUUGCGCUAUGAUACUACGCUCGUGGUAGGCUACUAUGAACCGCCUUCAAGUACUUCCUAAUUAUUAAGAAAAAUAAAACCGGAUCU